AUGGCGGCUAAAGAAACUGAAGCCAAAGCUAGCUUGUGGCAGCAGUCUAAAGUUCAGAGGGGGACGCUGGAAACGUGGCCUGUUAGCUGUAAGGACGAGCGAUCCGUUGUUCCUAAGCCCCAAUUAUUGAGAGAGUUGGAUGACUACUUGAAGAAAGAGCUGGAGUUAUUAGGCAACCCUCGACGCGGAACGCACCUGCUGAGGCUCCAAGCUCAGAGGGAAGUAUUUGAUCGCUUGGUAGAGAACUUCACUGCUUACAAGCCAUUGCUCGCUUCCAUUAAAAAUGAGUAUGAUCUAAUCGUUUUUGAUCAGGAACAAAAGAUUAAGGAGCUGCUUCCAUUACAGGCCAAGCUACGCUCAAUGAGGGAGGAGUAUGAACAAAAAAUCAUUGCAUUGGAAGAAAGCGGUGACAAGAAACAGGAUGGGAAGGAGAAGCAGCAGAAUCACCAGUUGCAAAAAGAGAUUGACACAUUAAUGGAAGAAGAGCUCUCCUAUGAAGUACUGGUAAAAAGACUACAAAAGGAGGUAGCUGAUCUAUAUGAGAAGUACCGUUUUGAGGCUGAUGCAAGGAGACUUCUAAUUGCGGACUACAAUGACUUGAAAGCUAAGCAAAACGAUGAUCAAGAAGAUGAAGAAGUACUUAUGGAAAAGGAAGACCUAGUUAUUUUGAAAUUGAAACUACGACGUGUCAAGGAGGAUAUUCAUGUUGCCAAAAAGCGUAUUAAUGAAGUAAUGACUGUUUAUGGUGACGUUGUUCCAAAGAGAGCAUUUGAAUUGAUUGAAAGUUCCGUCAGAAAG